CAAAACACUUCAGAAAGAUAACAUUCGUUGAGAUUGCUAACCCAUUUAAAAAUUAUUGUAAUUUACAACUUAAUUUUAGGCGUUUAUUUUGUUUUAAUUACGUUUUCCAACUACACUCAUGCGAGCGCGUAUUCCGUUAUGUUCAGACUAUUCGCGGUAAUCAUAUUAUUCAUACUUGGGGUUUUUACUUCAGGCAAAUGUCAAUCCGACAAUGAAGAAGAUCUAUACCGGUUACCCGGCGAUACCGUGCCGGUUUUUUACCUUUUACGAUGUGGCCCCGACUUUGAUAGACCACCGCCUAAUUUCCCGUUUGUCGGCUACGUGGAAAUCACUAUACUGGUGAAGCGGAUUACCCAAGUGAUAACAUUGAACGCCGUGCAAAUCGAAGUGGGCGAAAUCAAGAUCGAGGAAUGCAUUACUCAAACACCGAUCGGCGUAAUUGGUCAACAGUUCACAGACUAUGAACGAUUGAAGAUCUACACUGAAAAGCCAUUGCUGGUCGGUCGAAAUUACCGGGUGACAAUUCCAUUUCAAGGGUUGCUCAGGGCUGAUAUGACCGGAUUCUAUAAGAGUUCAUACAAAGUGGACGGUAUUUUACAGUGGGCAGCUUCAACACAAUUAGAGCCUACGUACGCUAGGAGAAUGUUCCCAUGUUACGACGAACCUGCUUACCGAACACCGUUCAGCAUUAGUAUCGCGAGGAGAGUCCAUCAAAUGUCUUUGUCUAAUAUGGAACUCAAUUCCACAGUAUUCAUUGGAUAUCCUAAUUGGAUAGUCGAUAGCUACAAAACUACUCCACCGAUUUCAACGUACAUGGUGUCAAUGUUCGUUGGUAAAUUCGAUGGAAAUACGAAUGAGAUGCCAGACGACUUAACCGUUAACAUUUACACGCGUAGUAAAUACGCUACUCAAAUAGAUUAUGCUCUCGAGAAAAUCCCAAUGUUACUUGAUGCCAUGGAAAACUUCACCAGGAUACCAUAUGAGUGGCCCAAAACGGACAUUGUGGCUGUGCCAGACUUUGGGGGCUCAGGAACGGAGAAUUGGGGCUUGAGUGCCUUUCGGGAGAAGUAUCUGUUUGUCAAUGGAAAUUCGUCGGCCAGAGCUAAAGUCAAAGUCACUUCAAUGAUUCAACACGAACUGGCUCAGCAGUGGUUCGGCAAUCUAGUCACUUGUUCCUGGUGGAAAGAUGUAUGGUUAAAAAAAGGAUUCGCCGUAUUCUUUCAAUACUUCAUCAUUCAAUCUAUAUAUCCCGAAUGGCGCAUGGACAAGUUAUUUGUAAUUGAACAACACCAAACCGCACUGGCCUUAGAUCAGCUACCAGCUCAUCCUGUCAGUUGGUCAGUGCUAAGCACAGAAGACAUCGACGACAUGUUCGACCAAAUAACGUACAAUAAAGCUGCAGCUGUUUUGAGAAUGUUAAAAAACACUGUCGGAGAGACCAAUUUUCGAGUACCGCUGACGUUGUAUUUGAAUCAAUCCGAGUUCGGCUCGGCAAGUUCGAGAGAUUUGUGGGCGAUUUUUGACAACUAUUACUUUGAUAACCGAUUUGAACUGGACAAACGUGUGCCGUUUACCUAUUUCAUGAUGUCAUGGACCGAACAACCGGGAUAUCCUGUCGUACACGUGAAGAACACAAACGAGGGGUUUACUAUUACUCAAGAAAAGUUCACAGUGUACCCGACCAACGGUACGGACGCUUCGAAAUGGUUUAUCGGGUUGACUUAUACAACUGAUAAAGUUAAAAACUUUGAAAAUUUGACAUCAACAGUUUGGAUGGACAUGGCGAAGAACAUGACCGUUAAGAUGAAAGACAAUGCGAAAUGGUUCAUUUUUAAUUUACAAUCGUCUGGUUUUUACAGAGUGAAUUACGCCAGUGACAAUUGGUUGGCUUUGAUACAACAGUUAAACGAAUCCUAUCGUGAAGUACACGUUCUCAAUCGGGCCCAGCUUAUAGACGAUUCUUUCAACUUGGCAAGAGCUGGUCUGCUUAAUUAUUCUAUACCGUUGGAGCUGUCGAAGUACUUAGAAAAAGAAGAAGACGCCAUACCUUGGUAUUCGUCCAUACUCAGUUUUUCUUAUUUACUGGAAAGAAUGAGACGCAGCGUGGACGGUUAUGACUAUUUAAAGGAUUAUGUGCGUAACUUGGCCGAAAUAAUUUAUGUGAAAGCGGAAACGUCUGUACAGGAAUACGAUAAAGACCAAUAUGAAGCGCUAAUCAAGUGGAAUGUAUUCUCUGCGUGGGCUUGUUCUCUAAACAGUCAAAAAUGUGUUAGGAACAAUUUGGAGUAUUUCAAGAGGUGGCAGUCGGGAAAAGACAUACCAGCGGAUAUCAAGGAUGCUGCUUUCUGUGUGGGUGUGAUGGCUAGUAACAUGUCGGCGACUUGGGAUGAUAUGUUAGAUGUGUACACCAGCACUAACUCUAUCUCGGAAAAGGAAUCUGCGCAAACAGCGUUGACGUGCACGUCCAAUCCACGACUGCUUAACAGAUAUUUGAAUUUCAUUUUCGACGGUGCAAAAAGUCCAGUACGGUUGCAAGACUUCAGGGACAUAUGUACCGCCAUGGUCUCAACACCCAUAGGCAUUGAAGUACUCACCGAUUUCCUUAUGAAUAAUUUAGAACAAAUCGUCAGAAGAGUACCUGACGGUGAAGAAGUUGUUAAAUUCAUAUACGCUACCCUUGCUUCAAAAGUGUCCCUCGACAGAGAAAUAAUCAAGCUAUACAAACUGAAGUCCGUUCCCGAGUUACCACAAUCGCUUAAGAAGUCUUUUGAGAGAUCUUAUCGCCUCGUCGAACUCAAUAUUUACUGGUUCAACGAGUAUCACGAUUCAGUCAAUCUAUGGUUGGGAGUGCCAGUGUUGCCCGACGAGCCAACGACUCUUGCUCCAACACAUAGGACGACCCAACCUACACAUUUUACUACUAACGCAACCACAGCACAAUAUACGACAAAUGCUACAACAGUGCCGUAUGACAAAGACACUACUGAAGAUUAUGACGACAUAGAAAUUUCGUCGGGUAACUCGCAUUACAAUAGCUUGUUUAUACUAAAAUUGGUUAUUUUGUUUGUUGUAUUAAAACUUUUUGAAUGUCUCAAAAUGUUGUUCAAAUUUCUUACUUUUUACGCCUUAGUUCAGGGCUUAAAUGGAUUUAAUACAUUUUUACCCACUGCUACGGUUCCAAAGUCAUAUUCUCUAGCUAUAUCGCCGAAUUUCGAAAAUAAAGAUGCCUCGUUUGUCGGUUUAGUAGAAAUACUCAUUCAAACUGAAAUGAUCACUGGUGAAGUGAUCUUGCAUUCAAAAGAUUUACAAAUCACGUCAGUUAAUGUCACCAAAGUUAGCACUAGUCGUGAGAUCACUGUAAAAGAAUGGAAAUUCAUUCAAGAAGACGAACAAGUAAAGAUUGUGUUGGAUAAUAUGUUACCACCAAAUGAGGAAUACAUGAUAGCUAUCAGAUUUAAUGGUUCACUCAGAAACGACAUGACCGGAUUUUACAAAAGCUCGUACAGCCAAUCGCAAACCGGCGCAGAAAAUUUCUUAGCCGUUACUCAGUUUGAGGCAACAUAUGCGAGAAGUGCGUUCCCUUGUUACGAUGAACCGCACUAUAAAGUGCCCUUCAAUAUUACAGUUGGUGUUCCUGACAAGCAAAUUGCAUUGUCAAACAUGCCACUAUUGUAUAAAGAUCAAAAAGAUGUUUAUGCAUUGGAUUCUGGCCGUAGGUUGACAUGGUACCAUUUUCAGCAGACACCCCCAAUAUCAACAUACUUAGUAGCGUUCUUUGUCGGUGAUUUCGUUAGUUGGGAUUCGAGUUCGAAAGUGAAUGUGUACACCCGCAACGAUAACUAUUAUUUAAAACAGACUAAAUAUGCUCUAGAUGUUGCUCCUAAACUACUCAAAGCAAUGGAAUUGUUUACUGGAAUUAAAUACGAAUUACCAAAAUUGGAUCUGGUAGCCUUACCCGAUCUGGGAUUCGGAGCUAUGGAAAACUGGGGAAUGAACACUUUUAGGGAAAGAUUACUUUUAUUGCCUGAAGAUUCGACAACGCUGUACAAAGGAGCCGUUACUAAAAUAAUACAGCACGAGUUGUCUCAUCAAUGGUUUGGUAAUCUGGUCACAUGCGACUGGUGGGAUUACGUUUGGUUAAACGAAGGUUUUGCAACGUUUUUUGAAUACUUCGCUACAGCAACAGUAGAACCUGAUUGGCAAUCGCCAGAAUUUUUUGUUGUUGAACAACAUCAAACUGGUUUGGAGUACGAUCAGAUAGCAAGGCAUGCGUUAUCGAACAAAGUGUCCACUCCUGAAGAAAUAGAUAAUACUUUUGAUCAUAUAACGUACAAUAAAGGAGGCUCAGUGUUAAGAAUGUUGUACAGUUAUGUUGGAAAAGAUGUUUUUAAAGAAGCUUUGAAUUUGUAUUUGACCAAACAUAUGGAGGAAUCGGUAAGACCGAGUGAUCUUUGGGAUGCAUUUGAAAAAACAUUGGCUAAAUGCAAACAAACAUUAGUUAAAGACCAUACUGUAAACGAAGUCAUGAGCACGUGGACCGAGCAAUCUGGUUAUCCGGUGGUAAAUGUGACAAAAGCGCACGACGCUGUUUCUGAAUAUGGGUACAGAUUUACACAGGAAAAGUUUACAGUCGACGAACCCCUUGUUAAUCAUUCCACUAAAUGGUUUAUUGGUGUUACAAUAGCAAAUGAUUUGAAACCAACUUUUGAUAAUUUAACUCCUGUUUUCUGGUUGAAUCCCAAAGAUGAUGAAUAUAUUCUUAAACCUGACCAUCCCGUGAUGUCUUACAAAUGGUAUAUUGUCAACCUACAGUCUACUGGAUUUUACAGAGUGAACUACGAAAACAACAAUUGGUUGGCGUUAAUAGAACAACUAAAAAAUGCACCAGAAGUUUUACACGUUUUAAACAGAGCUCAAUUGGUUGAUGACUCUUUUAAUUUAGCGAGAGCGGGAAGAUUAAACUACACAGUACCUUUAGAACUUACAAAUUAUCUGGAUAAGGAAAAUGAUGUCAUACCUUGGUAUUCAGUGAUGAACAGUUUUAAUUAUAUUUUGGAUCGAAUGAGACGCAGUCCUUUGUACUCAGAAAUUGAGAAUUACGUUAGUGAUAAGGCAUUAAUAAUCUUCACCAAAUUACAACUUCAAGUAGAAGAGAAAAAAAAUAAAACGUACGCCAUCAAUGCCGGUUGGAACACAUUCAGUGUUUGGGCUUGUAAAUUAAAUGUACCGACUUGCGUGAUACCGGCAACUAGUUACUUCAAUGCAUGGCUGAAAGGUGAAAAGAUACCGGAUGAUCAAAAAGACGUAGCUUUUUGCGUAGGUUUAAAGUUUCAUCCUGAAGCGGAUACUUGGAGCGAAGUUUUCCAAGUUUACUUGAAUACACAAUCCGCUUCUGAACGAUAUUCGGCACUAAACGCGUUAGCUUGUACACAAAAUCAAUCUUUAUUAAGAAAUUAUGUGGAACUAAUUUUGAAAGGACCGAACGGUCUGAUACGGCCCCAAGAUUACAGAGCUGUAUUUAUUUCACUGUCUUCCACGUCGUUGGGCAUUCAAACUCUUUUAUUUUUCCUUCGGGAUAACUGGGAUCGUAUAUGUAAAGAAUUACCUGAUGGUGAAAGCGUGGCUGAGACAAUUUAUUCAGUAUUAGCAUCAAAAGUGUCACUGGAUAGUGAAAUAUAUAUAAUGAACAAAAUAAGAUCGAAAUCGGGCGUCUCAAGUACACUGAAAAAAAAUUAUGAUUCUCUAUACAAGCAAGUCGAAAUAAAUCAUAAAUGGUUUGAUACCUACUCCAAUGACAUUAACGAAUUUGUAAGGCUGAAUUCCUCAAAAGAUGAUCCGAUUAGUCCCCGUACAAGUUCAGCUAGCCCAACAAAUUCUGUUGGAUCUCUUAGCACGAUCACUUGCUUUACCAUCAUUCAAAUUAUAUUUCAACUAAUAAUCUACUUUAAAUAAUUAAAAGUAUAAUAUA